AUGCAUGACGGUGAUUUUCGUCAUGAGCAGGCUCACUGUAAAUUUAACAGUUACGUGUGUAGUCGGUGCAAUGUAAAGGGGCAUUUGCGUCGCAUGUGCCCAACCAUGACCGACGGGAUACGUGGACAGGUAUCCGCGUUUAGAGGCAAUAUUCAGGGUGGCGGUACAAGGACUUCAGCCGGACGUGGCCGAAGCGGAGCCACUCGUUACGGGCCGGGAACAGCGGCCACUCCCGGUGGCAGCGGAGCGCGUGGUGGUCGCGCUAGAAACAGCUGGGGCAACUCACGAGUGCACUGGGUGGUUGAAGAUGGGCAGUUGGACCAGGAGGAAAUACCGUUCGGGGUAAACGACGGAAGCGAGGAGCCCAUUUACCAAAUGAGCCUCGACAAAUAUAGACCGGCAUAAAGAAAUAUUCGAUGGGACCUUGGGUGCGUUCACCGGCGGCCGGGCUCGGCUGCGCGUACGGCCGGACGCGGCGCCCGUAUUCUGUCGCGCGCGCCCCCUGCCCUACGCGCUGAGG